AUGAACACUAAAAUUAGCAUUUCUCCCAUUCCGGGAAAGCCCCUUGGCGCAACAGUGAAAAUGCCAUCUUACACUACGGAUCCGUCAAAGUUGAACGAGGAAGAUUUCCAGUUGUUGAAAAAUGCACUAUUCAGGUAUUCAGUUUUGGUAGUGCCAAACGAGGCAGAUCUUUCACCAGAAUCCCAAUAUGCACUUACAAUCAGAUUCGAUCCUUCAACAUCAAACCACUAUGGUCACGAUGAGAAGCUAUUCCAUUCACCGGAGUCCGUUCUUGCAAAAGACGGAAAGUGUGUCCCUAGAAGGCCUGAAGUCAUGAUGGUUGGAAAUGGAACUUUUCCAGCUGGUCAUGAAGGAAUGCGUGAAUUUACUUUGGAGCACCCAUCACAGAGAACCUUCCACAAAAGGACACUCACGCCAAAAGAAAUCACCAAUCAUCACACCAGAUUCUAUAGGUGGCAUAUUGAUGCCGCCUUGUACGAGUAUUCACCACCUGUGGUGACUACUCUUCUUGGAGUGGUUGUUCCUCCUAAAACUGAAAGGCAGACGAUUUAUUACGAUGACGCCGGAGAAAAGCUUGAAGUGUCAACUGGUGCCACAGCCUUCAUCUCCGGAAAAACAGCCUUCGAUCUCCUAUCGCAAAAAGAUAAGGAGUUUGCCUUAAACACAACCGUUGUCUACGCCCCACAUCCGUACAUAUACAUCCACAAGUGCAAAGCAACAUCUGACGGUCUCACUAUGGUCUCAGAAGGCAAGGAAGUGCCUUUAGAUGAGCUUCCACAUUGGGAAGAGGCCAAAUUGAAGAAACUGCCAAUGGUUUGGACCAAUCCUGUGACUGGAAACCAGCAUUUGCAGAUACAUUCUUGUUGUGUGUACAACUUGGUUGACAAAAAGACGGGAAAGGUGGUUGCAAAGCUGGAGAAAGCAAGAGAAAUCUGCCAUAAGCUGGUCAGACCUGCAAUUUCCCCAAGUCACGUUUAUGCACAUGCCUGGAAUAAGGGUGAUCUCUGUAUUUUCCAUAACAGAGGAGUGAUCCACUCUGUGACGGGUGAAAUGCCAAGCAACGAGAAAAGAUUGAUGCAUCAAUGUAAUGUUGCAAGUGGCUCGGAUCCCGUGUGUAAUGUGUAA